AUGUCUCUCCACAUGAGCAGGUCCUCGCUCACCUCCGAUAACGAUGACGAGCCAUUUUACUUUACUCCAGCAUGCAAGCCAGAAGACCUCAUUUGUGAGGGUUCUGAUUCCGAGGCGAAUCCGAGAGCAAUAAUCAAAAAACGACAGCGAUACGAACAAUGUGCGGAAAGGGUGGACCGUGGACAACUGCCAAUCAUACAAUCUGCGCAACUAAGAGGUCCUCUCAACGAGUGGGUAAAUCCUUGGAGACAUCGAGAGGGGGACUGGUGGAAACCUGGUUCAAAAGACAUGCUAUUUAGAAAGGAGGAUGUUAUGCAACGAGCUCGGGAACAUGGCAGAAAGGAUAUGAGUCCCUCAGAAGCACUUGCAUGGUGUCGAAGAGACGCUAAACGACAAGCAAAAGAAUUGGAAAUGAACGACUAUAUGGAAAUGGGGAGUGAGUCCUCGGGUGGCCCAAAUAGAAUACUGGUGGAUGAGACCAUACACGAAGAUACAAUUAUCAAAAAAGGAGGUAGGAUGUUUGAAGGCAAUCAAAUAAUUAAACCAUCUUUGCCACAGGUUUCAAAAUCAUCACUUCCUACAUCUGGGAAACUAAGGGGCUUUGAAUAUGCACCAACCACGGGAAGCUCGAUUUCGAAUAAAGAUGGUUAUGUUAGACGGUCGGAAACAUGGACUGCUGUCAAGAGACCUGUGGAGGUAGCUUGGUUGAAAGGCUCUCAUGUCUCGAAACGAGCUCGCUGGGAAGACCCAGCAGUCUCAUCGCCCACCCCACUACCUCAUGUAGACAGUCAGAAACUCCAACAAAAGGUCACAGGCAUUACAACUAUUGUACAGAAGCGGACUCAGCAUACAAUUAAUCCGCAAUCCGAUUUCUUACUAGAGGCUCCACAACAAAAGCUACCUACACCGGAGAACUAUGCAUUUCCGCAGCAACCAAGUAGCGACGCAUUUGAUACGGGAGUAUCGUUUCACACUAAUAUCGGACAACAAGGCCAGCAACUCCGCAGCUCUUCCAUCUUGGAAUCCUGUAGCAAAUCCACUUAUAGGCACGAGGAAUCGCCUAGGCUCAGCUCUCCUGUACCGUUUGAAAGCCCAGAGAGCAAAGAAGCUUGUGUCCAGCAGCCUUCGCCAACAAAAUCGGUGACUUCUCCGCAACUCCCUUCACAUCCUAAAAUUGAUGCCGCACUUCUUGAAAAUCAGGAAACUCCUGGAAAUAUCAGUUUUGUCACGGAUGUUGCACCCUCUUCUGUCAACUUGGAACAAUUUCAGUUUCGAAAGAAGUCUAGACGCAAGACUGCUUCCCCAGACGUCCCUAGUCAGCCCAUGACUGUUAGAAGAGAAGGUAGCGAAGUUCCAUUACCUGAAGAGAUUAAGUCCUACCCAAACCUUCAGAGCGAUGCAGUGCUCUCGACUCCCUCGGUUCUACACUCAACCGAGAAUGUGGAAGUAACCUCAGUAUCUCCGCUUUGGCGAACAAAAUCUUCAAGAUCCAAAGGUUCAUCUCGUAGACGUUCUCGGGCCGAUGAAAGUUGGCUUACUACACAAGAAGAAGUUGGACUUACUCCAUCGACAAUGCAUUCUGAUAAAACAAUUAGAGAAGAACAUCGUCCACAACACGAGGAUAUCGAUGAUAGCUGGGUUACAACACAAGAUGACCUUAAUCAUGCUCCAAAAUCAUCCGCUUCAAUGGACAUCACGCAGAUCUAUCAAAGUUCGAGUUUUCUGGGACAGCCAAUUCCUUUUGAGCAUACAGAGGCUCCCAUGUUUGGGGACUACGAGUAUAAAAGUAGUCUACAAUCAUCACGCCUUGGAAAUCCCUCUCCUGCACGAUCUACACACCCUGUCUCAACAACAUCGCCCCAUUUACCGACUCUCCCCCAAAUUUCCAGUCAAAUCGAUGUGCCAACACCUUACAAUAAUCUCGAUGGGUCGAGUACACAAUCUUACAUUACCAGUCCAGCCAAGUCAAUAGUGAAUACCCAUGAAUCUUCACAAGUCCCCGAUCUGCCACAAAAUUUGGACAACAAUCAGCAAUCUCCUCAUGACAUGGCAGCCACACUUAACGCAGAAGCCACUGAAAUGACCCAGGAGAACAAUCUUGAAGGUCGUAUCUUGGAAUGUGUCCAGAGAUUGGAUGACAAUAAAGAAGUUGAGACAGAAGGAGUCGCCUCGGUGACGAAUAUUGCGCUUGAGAGCGAACAGAUUAAGGAGGUUACCGAGCUGCAAGCUAACCAAAAAUCUAAUAUUGAUAUAAUAACCACUUCUGAAAAAAUCCAAGACGAAGGAGGUAUGCAAGGUGUGGCUCAGAAUAUGCCGGAAGAGGUGCAGGAAGUUAUGCGGACGGAGGCCGAUGCCGAUGACGCCCUAAAUUCGGUUCUUUCUAGCGGCCAAACAUCAACGUCAUCAUCACCUGCACGAACAAACAACCUCACAUCAUCUCAAAAAUCCAGAAGCAUUAACCAAAAUUCCAAAAUCACUAUGUUAGACCAAUUUACGCCCUCGAUACCUAGUAGAGAAGAAGUCCUCUCACCAGCGAGCUACCAGGAUCUUACCGAAUCUCUAGGCGUUAGGGAAGAAAUCGUAGCUAUUCCUUCAGAAGAUAACAGGCCUGUCGAAGCUCCUAUUUCAAUCAUUCGGUCCGAAGAUCAAAAGAUCAUUCAAAAUGACAGCCCACAGAGUCCUUGGGCACCAGCUGAAGCGGGACUGAGAACUGUUCCUCAAUUACUUGCAAGUACUGAAACUUUCGAACCACAGACUACUGACGAAUUUCCAAGUUCUGGUUGGCAGAGAGAAGAGCGCCCAGUCACGCCAGAUAUUGAUAUGAUUCGACCUUUCCGUGAUCUCAUGACACCAAGUCCUCCACCAAAAGAACUAAAUACACCAGAAAUUGACCAACGGCCAUCCAAUACACAGCUUCUCGUAGAGGCCGCUACACUGAAUCCGUGGGUAAAUGGCUCCAAGAAGAAGAGUACGAAACGCAAGCGAGUAUCAUUCGGAAUAUUGGAUGAAGUAGAUCCAUCCCAAUCUCAACGUAGCUCACAGCGUCAACGUCGCUCCCCGUCUCCAGAGAGCUCAUAUCGCCCAGGGGAUCUCGGAAGUAAAAGGGCUGAGUUUGACGACAAUAUCACAAAUAUUGAUAGCUUCCAAAAUCACUUCUCCGCAAUUUGUAGAAAAUCUGUGGGUGUUGGUACACUGAAAUCCAACAGCUCCAUUCAGCGCCCUUCUUCGAUCUCGAAGUACAAGACCACAAUUUCGGGUGCGACCAACCUGAUUGCCAGUAGCCCGGCAAUUGAUGCAAUGGCAGAAGCCUUCAUCUCAGCUGAUCGCCAUUCUUCACGAGAGCGAGAACGUCGUCUCACAACAAGUCCUUCACGAAGACGGAAAUCCAAAAGUCAAAGCUACACAACUUUUGAGGAUGUAGAUGAAGGUGAUUUGGGAAGCCAAGUGUCAAAUUCUUGUUUAUCUACACAUUCAGCUCUGAAUGAAACUUCUAGUAAUGCAAAAUUGGGAGAUCAUAUGUUGGGAGAUUUCCUGAAUGAAGCGGAAGAUUUCUUAGGAGGGGGUUGGUCGGUAGAAGGGGAAAUGAAUAAAGCUGGUACGGAUUUUGAAUUGGCAACGCCGAAACGGGAUAGUGGUUUACAUUUACGAGGCAUGUUUUCUGUUGAGAAUAUAUGGACAUGA